AUGCUUCAGGCAAAGAUCACUGUAGACCAUCAUGUUCACGUCGAAUAUUGUCUUAAUCAUAUUGGUCAUGAACCAGAUUCAUCCCGUCUACGGCUAGAUAAAACAAGUGAAGAAUUAGUUGUGAAUUUGAUAAGAGAAGGUUUUACUUAUGGACAAGUAAAGCAGAAGAUUAGGGAGAAAUUCCGAAAACCAGAAGGGAUCACAGGGAAGGAAAAUCGUCUAUUCUUCGUGACAGUGGGAGACAUAAGAGCUAUCGCCAGGCGAAACAAUCUCUACCCUGGACGACGUGAUUUCAACGACUUAACCUCUCUUGAGAAGCGUAUAAGUGACAAGAGCGUUAGCGACGGAUUCCGUCAUUACGCUCCUAUUGUCGACGACACCGGCGAUGGGUUCUGUUUAGUAAUUAUAAAUGAGACGCAGCGCGAAUGGUUGGCGGACUUCUCGCAGAGAGGGAUUGGUAUCGAUGACACAUUUAAUGUGUCCAUGUACAAACUUAGACUCGCUACGAUUAUCGUGGCUGAUCACUGCGACCGAGCAUUGCCAGCCGCUUUCAUGCUGAGUUUCAGGUAG